CGCCGCCCCACGUGAGCGGCCCGGGGCGGGCAUUCCGAGGCGCGUCAGUUCCGCUUGUGUCGCGCUGCGGAGGAGCCACGCGUGGAGCAGGACAAUGCCUAAAUCAAAGGAACUUGUAUCUUCAAGCUCAUCUGCCAGUGAUUCAGAUAGUGAAGUUGAUAAAAAGGCAAAGCGGAAAAAGCAAGUGACUGCAGAAAAACCUGUAAAGAAACAAAAGACUGGUGAAAGUUCAAAAGGUGCAGCUUCUUCUAAGCAAAGCAGUAACAGAGAUGAGAAUAUGUUUCAGAUUGGCAAAAUGAGGUAUGUCAGUGUUCGGGACUUUAAAGGGAAAGUCUUAAUUGAUAUUAGAGAAUAUUGGAUGGAUCAAGAAGGUGAAAUGAAGCCUGGCAGAAAAGGUAUUUCUUUAAAUCCAGAACAGUGGAACCAGCUGAAGGAACAGAUUUCUGAUAUUGAUGAUGCAGUAAGAAAACUCUAAAGACAGAGCCAUACAAAAACUUCUAUCAUUUAGUUGUAUUAAGCAGUCUUUUUACAUUGGCUUUAGUUUUCUAAAAUAUUGUUUUCCAAGCUAUUGUAUAUUUGGAUUGCAAAACAAUUUGUAAGAUGAAUACUUUUUUUAUGUGCAUUAAAAGUGUAUUCUGAGUGAGGCUAUUUGUGUAUACUUUACUAAAAGGAAUUGUGUUGCUUUCACCCCAUGGUGUAAAAUAAACAAACCAAGUAAUAUGUAAUGCAUACUUGUUUAUGGCCUUUUGAUUGAAGGUGUUUGCUGAUAAGGCCACCUAAUAGCUUUAGUCAUUAUUUUAAUUCCAGUUUAGUUUACAAUAAGUAUGAAUUUGUUUUCUGAGGGGAUUUCUUAAAAUGUCUGUUUCACUUUUCCUUUUAUUCCAUUUUCUUUGGUAUUGCCCUGAAGCUUUCUGCUUUAACACUUGAUACAAACAAUGAAUACUUGGAAAAACACAAUUUUGUAGAUAAUUUUCAGUACUGUAUUUGCUAAUUUACCCUAUUUAUUCAGAUGUAAACAGUCUUGAAUAUGUAGCUUUUUUUGCAUCACUUGCAUGAAGGAUUAUGCUAAACAAUAACACUUGAACACAAAACAUAUGCUCUCUCUUCCCUUUUUUCUAAAGCUUGCUUGACUUAGAAAAUGCAAGGAGCCUUUUUUUUUUUGGAUUUUAGGUGUGAAGAGUAAACUUCUACAGUACUAGAUGUAUACCUCAGAGUAAGACAGUAUUUAAAGACUCUGAAUGAGCUUAUUAGUUAGUACACUCUUCAAGGUUUGCAUUAAAUUAAUUCUGGAACACAUAAUAACCAGUUAUUCUAUAGAAAAUAAGUGGUUUAUCUGUCUGAAGGAUUUUUGUUAAUUUGAAAUUACUGCAUAAACAAUGAUGCUUAAAUUGGACUGUAACACAGAUAAAACAAUCGAACAG